GACGUCAUUGCGUCAGCUGCAUUCAAAGAGGGAUACGAUUUUGUCAGGGUAAAUUGUAUUUGCUCCGUAACAACUCGGCUAGUAAUCAUGACGAACCAACUUUGUAAGCUGUUUGUCGGUGGAUUGAACGUCGAGACUACAGACGAUGGACUUCGGCAACAUUUCGAGCAGUACGGCCAGUUAACCGACUGCGUAGUGGUUCAGAACCAGCAGCUACAAAGGUCCCGGUGCUUCGGGUUUGUAACCUACUCAAGCGCGGAGGAGGCCGAUGCAGCCAUGGCCGCUAGGCCACAUGUCGUCGAUGGUACCAACGUGGAGUUAAAAAGGGCCGUUGCACGGGAAGAUGCCGGUAGGCCAGAGGCACUCGCCAAAGUUAAAAAAAUAUUUAUCGGUGGGUUGAAAGACGACAUAGAAGACGACCAUUUGAAUGAUUAUUUCUCUCAAUUCGGGGCAAUUGAGAAGGCCGAAGUAAUCAGUGACAAACAGACUCUCAAAAAAAGAGGAUUUGGCUUUGUCUAUUUUGAAGAUAAUGACUCUGCCGACAAAGCAGUGGUGCUGAAGUUCCACACAAUCAAUGGGCACAAAGUGGAGGUGAAGAAGGCCCUCACCAAGCAAGAGAUGCAGUCAGCCGGUGGUCAGGGAAGAGGCGGGCGAGGAAUGAGAGGGUCUCAAAAUGGCUACGACGGCGGAAGAGGUGGCGGCUACGGCAACUAUGGCGAAUGGAUAGAUGGCACAUUCUUCCUCAUAAAUCCUGCUGGUUGAUGAGGAUCUCAAGGGAUUGAUUGGAUCAAGAUGAGGAAAGUUCCUAUAAGGCACUCGAACGGCUAUGUCAAGGAACUUCUGUAUGCUUUUGUCUUCAGCCUAAGGAGGGCAGCAUUUCUUUGCUGAUAAACGGUGUGACCCCGGACUGUGCUGAUCCAGCUCCAGUGGUCCUGUCAUUACAAGGAUGAAGAAUGUCUGUGAAAAAUGUGUGUGUUUUGAAGGACGUUUGGCCUAAUAUCCACCUGUUAGGAAGGUUGAAACUUUCAAUUAAUCAUUAAGAUAUUUAUCCUUGUUUUGUAUUCCAGUUUGUGGAAUCACAUACUGCUUGUUCUGUACUGUUAUAUUUGUUUGUGGAUUCAGUAAAUAUAUUUUGUUUUAAACCUA